AUGUCUCAGCUGCACCCAAGAUCAUCGAGCAAGUACUCGACAAGCACUACGGCAGCCGUCCAAAGAGGCUGUGAUGUGGCAGAAUCGCACUUGGCUUCCUGCCUCAUUGGUAAACAUGAUGCUGUCGCUGUUACUGAAGCCGUGUAUAGAUACGAGUUUCGCGAGAACGCGACCCUGUCACUACCUCAAAACGUUUGGGGCGUAGCGCGUCGCGAGCGCGUCGGGUCAUCUCGCCUAUCGAGCGCUAAGCAGCACCGAUUAAGCCAGCUGCGUUGCGGGGCAUUAUCACAACAAUUAACCUUCCUUGUUGAGUAUUUGUGGGUAGCAUUCCCAUCGUAUCCCUGCUACCCUGUCCCAAUCCUUCACACUUUGCCAGUGGUUCUUCAAGAGCAAGACGAGCACGCCAUGUAA